AUGGAAGUGAGCAAGGAUAUGUGGAGGACGAUGCUCUUACCACAUCUUUCACGUCAUACCAAGCAAUACAUCACCUUGAUUGUUGUUGGCACCAUCACCUAUCGUAUAUUCAAUGCAAUCCUUGUUCCUCGGCAGUUGCGACAUUUACCCAAAGCCAGCACCAUUGGAUGGUUUUGGAGCGUGCUCAAGGGUGAAAGUGCUGAUGUACGAUGCGAUCGUUUGUUGAUGCCUCAAAUGCAAGAUCAUGGCUUGUGUCUCAAAUACACCAUGGGUCGAUGGACGGUGGCUGUGGGUGAUCCAAUACUGCUGCAAGCUGUUCUUCGGGAUGUAGCCACUUUUCCAAAAGAAGAGAAUGUGUCCUUGGAUCCGGAUCUCAUUCUUACAAACAAUGAACCUAAUGUGGGAAACGCAAACCAUGUCGAGUGGAAGAGACAACGACGUGUGACAAAUCCUGCAUUCCAUCGAAGCAUGCCCGUUGAGAAAUUUGCGCGUGUGGUAUCCAGCAUGUUCACAGCACUUGAAGGCAAGACCACUGUUGACUUUGCAGAUUACAUGAAACGAUACGCUUUAGAUUGUCUCGGCCUUGGGGUAUUUAACUUUGACAUGGAAUCUGUCAGUGACCCUGCAUCCGUUUAUGCCAUCUUGUAUAAGGAAGCCUUCAGUAUUGUACGGGAUCCGCUUGUAUACCUAUUUCCUUUGUACACUGCCAUACCGUCACGGCUCAUACCCUAUCGUAAUCGAGCUCGAAAAGCAAAUGAAAAGCUGAGGCGCGUGCUUUUGGAGAUUACGCAACAAAGGAGAGAAGCCAUUUUGAAAGGGGAGCGUCCCAAAGAGGAUGAUCAAGAAGACUUGCUUAGCAUGAUGAUCAGGGCAUCUCUCCCACAACAACAAGGUCAUGAUGCACAACCUUAUCUUACCAAUGGCGAGCUGGUAGCCAACCUUUCAGUAUUUUUUGUGGCAGGCCACGAAACAACUGCAAGUGCAACAGCCAGUAUGCUUUAUUAUUUAGCGGUCAACCCUGACAUUCAAGAAAAAGCACGAGCCGAAGUGAUAUCAGUAUUGGGCGAUGCACCUAUGGAUAUCCACCCAACCCUUGAACAAUUACGAGCCAUGCCAUACUUGAAUCAAUGUAUUAAAGAAACCAUGCGCAUUAACCCACCCACAAGCGGUAAUCUACCACGUAUAUGCACCAAGGAUACAUACAUUGGCCAAUUCUUUAUUCCCAAAGGCACACCUUUAUCAAUGGAACUUUAUUGCACGCAUCGAUUGGAGCAAUAUUGGACAAAUGCAACAACGUUUAACCCUGAUCGUGCGCUUGACACCAACUGGAUCCCGUUUGGCUUUGGUCCUCGUGCUUGUUUAGGCAUGAAUUUUAGUAUGGCUGAACAACGAGUGGUGCAAGCCAUGAUGUUGCGCAAGUAUACAUGGCGUCUCGCAGCUGAUAGUGAGCAUGUUCAUGGAAUCAAGAAUGCUGGUGGUGGUGGAAUCAGUUUGUUGGGCCCAGAAACUCUCAAUCUCGAAAUUAUCCCACGCUAUUAG